AAGGCUACCAGGUCUUUCCCCACAAAUAGCCCAAAAGUAAUUCCAAACAACCCUCAGAUUCUUUACCGUGUCUAACUAGACUCAAGGGUUACUUGCAAAUCAGGAAAUAUAUAUUUGAUUCUUUUCUCCUUCCUCUCCUUCUCCCAUCCCUCUUUCACUCAUAUCCAAGCCACCUCCAAGUCUUUUCCUCCUCUUUCUACAGUCCAAAUCAUCUUAUCAAAUCUCCUACAAAGCCUUCAAGGUGGAGGUCUAAUGGCCUCUCCGCCCAGACAAGUGCAGCACCAGAGGAGGCUCUUUGAGCUGCUGGAAGAAGAGCAAGAGCCUUUCUUGCUGGACGUCUACCUCUUGGAGAAUGGGUAUUCGGACAGGGCAUUGAGGUCUCAGGCCACGGUCUCGUGCUGGCCUGGGGGCGCUUGCACAAGGCUGCCAAAGCUCGGCAGCCAUGGCUUCAAGAGGAAGAGAGGUGGCCUACUAAGUUGUAUACUAAACAAAUUUUUGUGUCGGAAGGCCAUCAGGAAGGCUUUGAGCUGCGAAGGCCUAGCUCUUGAGAAUGGAAGAUGGGGUGUCUUUGGUUGUUUCCUUGAGCUGGGAAGAGAGAGCCAUGUCGCAGAAUUCCGCAGGUUGUCGAGUUCCAGUGCUGUUAAUCAAAGAGAAUCAAAUGGACAGAUGCAAUGGAGAUCUUUGGAGGACGCCAACCAGCUGAGUCCUAUUUCAGUGCUUGAACUGCACUCCAAUGAAGCCUCCCCCAUUCACAACCAUUCGUCAAGUUUUAGUUCAGGAAUGGAAACAAAAGCUGCUUCUUGGUUUGGUUUUGAAGAGCUUCUCGGGUCUGCUUCUUUUCUUUCUCAGUAUGCCAACACCAAGAAGGAGUUAGAUCGAUCAUACCAACUUCUGUUGGACUGUGUGAGGGAGGUGGAGAAAAGAAUUUGGGACUCCUAUGAAUGUUUGAGCCCAGAGAGAGCUAAAAGCAUCAUUAAGGAGCGUAUCUUUACAUGGGAAAAGAAGAGAGGAGAUGUCGCUGACAUAGCCCAGUUGGUAGAUUCAGAAGUCUCGGAGUCUAGAGAAGAAUGGAGGCAUUUCCAAUCUGAGAUUAGAGAGAUUGGAAUCGAGAUAGAAACUGUAAUCUUUGAAGAGAUCAGAGAAGAGACUCUGUUGGACAUGCUAGGCUUCCCAUGCACAUCAAAAAGACUGUAAGUCUAAUUAUCAAUAUCCAUCACCAUCUUUUUGUUCUCAA